CCGGGCAGGAGCUCUGCCCUGGAUGCUGCUGGUUGCAAAAUUCCCGGGAGCCGGAGUGAGGAAAUGGAGCUGCCUUGUGCAAUGGAGAAGAACGGGGUCUGACCUACUCAUCCCUGCAGGAAUGGCAGGGAAACGAGCCAGGGAGGUCAGUGCAGCCUUUAAGGAGGAGGAGAAGCACCAGAACAUUUGGAAGGCAGAAAAUCUGGGAGCUUAAGGAAGGCAGCAGCACCGAGGACAGAAAGUCAAGAUGUUGGUGCUGUCCAACAGCUCAGCCCUGAACCUGCUCCUCUCCAAACUGCUGCAGAACUGCCUGGAGCAGAGCAACAGCUCAGCCCCUGCUCGGGUGAGCAGCGCCAGCAGCAGCCUGGAGAUCAUCUACGUGCUGCUGAUGCUGGGGCUGUUCGGGUUCUUCACCGCGGGGGUGAUGGUGACCAACCUGCGGGCGCGGCGCCUCGAGGGGCCCCGCGACCCCUACAGCACCUACAUCGCCGCCGACACCUGGCACCGGCAGGACAGGCUGAACCUCCAGCACAAGAUCAUCGAGAACUACAAGCUCUGCUGCGUCCUGGAGAACCAGCUGGCCGUGGAGCAGCCGGGCAGCAAGAUCCCUGAGGAGAAAUCUGCCUAGGGGAAGGGAUUUUCCUAGAGAAUGGAUUGUGCGUGGUACAGGGAUGAUGUGGGUAAUUGCCCUGGUUUGAAGGACAGAUCUCUGCCAAUAAGGGCAGGAGCUUCUCUUUGAAAUGGAGAAU